GCGGCGGAGCAGCGGAGCGGCAGGAGGGGGAGUGGCGGCUGUGCGAGCAUCGGGGCUGGUGAGCGCCUUCGUUCUUUCGCGGUGUACGCGCUGGGAGGCGGCGGUUGCGGUUUAUUUGGGAGCGGAGCUUUCGCGCCGCUGCGUUUGGUGCCCCCCGGUGUCCGGGUUCCUGAGAUCUUAGAAUCUCAAGACAUGUAUUUCCUUGGACUGUUGUCUUUGCUCGUUUUGCAAAGCAAAGCCUUCAAGACAAAUUUUCCUGAUGAAACCAUUGCAGAGCUUUCUGUGAAUGUUUACAAUCAGCUGCGAGCUACAAGAGAAGAUGAGAAUAUUCUGUUCUCUCCUCUGAGUAUUGCAAUAGCCAUGGGAAUGGUAGAGCUUGGAGCCCAUGGAACCACUUUGAAAGAAAUUCGACAUUCCUUGGGCUUUGACAGCUUAAAAAAUGGUGAAGAAUUUACCUUCCUGAAGGAUCUUUCUGAUAUGGCAACUACUGAGGAAAGCCAUUAUGUUCUGAAUCUUGCUAAUACUCUCUAUGUGCAGAAUGGAUUUCAUAUCAGUGACAAGUUUCUGCAGUUGGUGAAAAAAUACUUCAAAGCUGAAGUAGAAAAUAUAGAUUUCAGCCAAAGUGCAGCUGUAGCUUCCCACAUCAAUAAGUGGGUGGAGAACCAUACAAAUAAUAUGAUCAAAGAUUUUGUGUCUUCAAGAGAUUUUGGUGCUCUCACUCAUUUGGCUCUCAUCAAUGCAAUCUACUUUAAAGGCAGUUGGAAGUCACAGUUCAGACCUGAAAAUACAAGAACUUUUUCUUUCACUAAAGAUGAUGAAAGUGAAGUGCAGAUUCCAAUGAUGUACCAGCAGGGAGAGUUUUACUAUGGAGAGUUCAGUGAUGGCUCCAAUGAAGCAGGUGGCAUCUAUCAAGUUCUGGAAAUCCCAUAUGAGGGGGAUGAGAUGAGUAUGAUGAUUGUCCUGUCCAGACAGGAAGUUCCUCUGGUCACAUUGGAACCACUGCUCAAAGCCUCCUUGAUUAAUGAGUGGGCUAAUUCUGUAAAGAAGCAAAAAGUGGAAGUGUACUUACCAAGGUUUACAGUGGAGCAGGAAAUCGAUCUGAAAGAUGUCUGGAGAGGUCUUGGAAUUACAGAGCUGUUCAGCAGCAGUGCUGACCUCACUGCCAUGUCUGAUAACAAAGAACUUUACCUUGCAAAAGCAUUUCAUAAGGCACUUCUAGAAGUUAAUGAGGAAGGAUCAGAAGCUGCUGCUGCCUCAGGAAUGAUUGCUAUUAGCAGAAUGGCUGUGCUGUAUCCCCAAGUUAUAGUUGAUCAUCCCUUUUUCUUUUUGGUCAGAAACAGAAGGACAGGUACUGUGUUAUUCAUGGGAAGAGUAAUGCACCCUGAAGCAAUGAAUGCAAGUGGCCAUGACUUUGAAGAGCUUUAACUCCCAUCAGCUACCAAAAAGAGAAGAUAAGCACAUAAAGUUUGAAGUUAAUAUAUUUAAGGUUUGCUGUGUUUUCCCCCCAAGAUAUUGUUUAAAAUGCUUUCAGGUCUAAUUGUGUGCAAGUCAGUUUCCAGAGGAAAGCUUACAGUAUUAAAGUAAUGGUUCUGUUUCUGUCAUUGUGAUUGCUGUGUCCUCAAAAUAAAAUUGUGUACAUGUCAACAACUGUUUCUGUGCAUUGUAAAGCAAAAAAACCUUGCAAAUCCAUUAUUUGUAAUAUUUUUUUACAGUCCAGAGACUGACUUGAUCAAUGAGACAGGAACAGAAUGUGUGCAGCUCUGAAUAAUGCAAAUGGCAAACCUUGAUGAUGAUUUAUGGAGUUGAGGAACUGCAGCUGAAAAUUGUCAUCUCUUCUUGUUCCUGUAGAAGUAGUAAACAGGCUGUGAUGUGCUGUCUCAUCAAUGUUAAUGGGACAAAUUAAGCCUGGUGGGUUUUAUUCUCUUAAGAAAAAUGUGGUAGACUUUGUGUGAACUCUCCCACAUGUGAAUCUAAAAUACUGCUUUUUUUUGAAUGCUUCUGCAUGCAACUCUGCAAUUCACCUUCCAUAGCUGGUGAUGCCAAUAAAAUUUGAUAGCAUGAAUAUUUGAGACUACUCAGUGUAGAAAUUGCUAUGUAUGUGACUGAAGUAAAAUAGUUUAAUAGUCAUGUCAUUAGUAUGCACAUUUUUCUCCCUCCAAGUAAUUUACUUCACUCACUUCAGGGAUCUAGAAUGAUCUUUUACAAAGUAAAAAACAAAACAAAAAAAAAAGCAAACAAAACCCACCUUGAUUUUUAGUGUCUUGCAAAUAUUCUAUUCAUAAAUAAAUGUUUAAAGGAACAAUAUAAUCCUUUUUAUUCCCUAACUUUUUACUGACAGAGGAGAAUGACACAUACCACAAGUAAAUAAUAGCAGGGGAAUUAGUUGCUGUUUCUGUUUGCAAGAGAAGAAUUACCUGUUCUCACCAGAGAGGUGUAUAAUUAUUUCAUCCCUCAUUGUGCAAAGUAUAAAAAGAACUGAAGUUAUUAAAAAGGUAAGAGAGAAUAGGGGAAAAGAAGGGAGGAGCUCCUUUGAAACUUAGCAUGAAUACAAAACUUUGGCUAUUACAUUGGUUUCUUCUAGUCAAUAGGAGUUCAUCUUUUGAUUUCUAUGGGAAUAAAUGUGUUUUGGCUGAGUUUUAGUUAUAGGCUUCUCUGGCACUUCAGAAUAGCUUAGAUAUUGCUCACAAAGUUAUUCAUGCAAAGAGAACUUCUGAAAUUUGACACAUUGUUCACUCUUUUUUUUUUUUUUUUUUUUAUGCUGCCAGUGCAAAUCAUGCAGGGCACACUGCAAAGUGAUGGAUGUUCUCUGUGGAGGUUGGUUGUGCUCCCUCAGAGAACACAUUUUUAGCCCUGCCUCCUUGAAUUGUUGAGUUCUGUUGCACAGAAGAGAAAGGGAGCAACUCAGUGUGUUGCUGUUGCUUAUUUACCCUUAGUAAAUCAGGAAAUAGUCUGGACUGGGUGAGACAGUUUUUAUAUUCAAAUUUAGACCAAAAUUGUUAUUAAUUCUCUGUAGCCAAAAAAAUUAUGCUUUUUUGAAAAAAAGGGAGUGCCUCUGAGAAGGAGCCAGGGGCUAAUUUUACCAAGAAUCCAGACUUUGUCACAUUGCAGAUGAAAUCAGCUCCUUUGACACGGAGUUAGGCAAGGGCUGGUUCUUCAUCUUUAAAUGAUUCUGGGAAUGUCACCUACUGUCUUUAGCAGUGACCCAUAUGCUAAGGAUCUCUUGUGGUUUUAACUGUAGAGGAGCCUGAUUUUUAGCUAUUACUUUUUUUUUCCAGGCUAUUUUUGAGGUGUUGGCUGUGGGAAGAUGUGCAAAGCAGAUGACAGCCCUCAAUCAUGUUCAUUUUCGGUCCAUCAGAAGUUCCUCCUGACCAAUUUUGUGUUUCCUUUGCAUCAUUUCUUUGCAGCACAGAUGUUUUAUUACCAAGGGGAGGACUGAACAUAGAUUUGAACUAAAGCUAUGGAAUUCUGGAAGGACAGCUGCCAGUCAGAAGUAUUUAUAGAGGAUAUCAGGCAAGUGCACAGACUUCCCCAGCAUAGGUACUAAGUGGAAUGAUGCAGAAACACAUUUCAGAUCUGAUUCUGAGAAUGGCCUCAAUGGGCUUAAAGGUAAACCAGCAGAAACAGAAGUGCAAACACUAGUUAUUCACUUCAUAUUCUCCCAAUCUUUACAGAUGCAAAAUAGUUGUUUCUUGAAAAUUGAAAAUCACCUCGUUUUCAACAACAUGAAUUUGAUUUGUUACCCAGUGAUGCCCAGAUGUUCAUUUCAGACCAUGAGAACAGCUCUCAAUACUGUUUUUCAGUAGUGAUGAUAUUUUAAGCAUUGUUACCAGUUUACUGAGGUAUACGAAUACUAUUCCAUUGUGGGUUUUUUAAUCUAGAUUUUGUAUAAUGUUCUCUUCAAAGAUGCUAUUGCUUUUUUCAAUACAAAACCAGGAAAAAUAAUUUUGUCUUUGUUUGGGGUUUUGGUUUUGGUUUUUUUUUUUGGUAAGGGGAAUUUGUCAAUAGUGGCUCGUAUGUGAGUUUAGGUGUACAGUCUCAAAAAAAAAUUAAAACUGUAUUUUAUGUUGAAGGCUAUAUCAAAAAAUAAAUUACUGAAAUGUC